CCCUUGACCAUCGCCGCUGCUUGACAAAGUUGCUGACCUCGUGUCAACGCUUGUUGUGUUCAGUCCUCGAGGGCUGGAAUCGGCUCCGACAAAGCGCGCACCGCCCUUUUGUUGUAGCUCUUCAAGUCUUGUCACAUACAUGAUAUAGCAGGUUCGCAUCCUGUAUAGUUUUGGGAGCGAGACUGGGCGUUGUGAUGCAGGCAUUCGCCGACGCACAGCGGGGUGGGCAGCUCAAUGGAUCGUCUGCAUAUCAUCAUCAAUACAUUGCAGACAUCUUCUUCACGCGGUCGCCGAUUCUGGAGGGGGUUUCCGGGAUGCACUCUCGGCGCAGCGCGAUGGCGAGCUCCUUGCGCUGUUGCGCUCGCAUGGCCACUAUUCCGCAAGGGCUGGGCGGCAGCCGCGGCCUGAGCUGGCGACCGGCGCCCUGCUCAGGAGUUCAGCGGGGAGCUGCUGCUGCCGGGUCCGGGGCCCAGGGCCUGAGCAGCCGCAUACCUGCCCCGGCCGAGGCGGCGCCGCGCACGGCCACCUCCGCCGCUGCCUGCUGCUCCUCCUUUUCCUUGUCCUCUCCCUCUCCCUCGUGCUCCGACGCGCGCCAGCCCUUCUGGGGCCGCCGUCAACCCCACCACCCAGCAUCCGGCAAGGCCUCGCCUCGCCCAGGCAGCAGCAUCGGCAGUAGCAGCCCCGGCAGUAGCCAACCCACCAGCGGCCCCGGCAGUAGCCACAGCAGCAGCAGUAGCAGCCACGCGCCUCACACCGGCGGCCCCACAGGCAACACGCUCAACAGCGGCAGCGGCGAGUUCCCCACAGACCCCUUCAAGAGCGCCUACGACAACCGCGUGCCGCCCGGCCUGGCCGCCGGCCGUAACAUGGUCAACACACGCACCGGGCCCUCCGACCUUGCGGCCGCCGACAGCAGCAGCGACGAAGACGACCCCCACCACAUCGCCCGGUCUGCCGCGGUGUCUUCAGCGGCGGCUGGCGCCGCCGGCGCGGCCUCCGAGGCUGCGGCGGCGCAGCUGGCCGCGGCGGCGGUGGCGGUGGCGGCGGCGCAGAUGGCGGCGCCGCCGCCGCGUGUGGGCGCUGUCCGGCUGCUGGGUGGAGUUGCGGGUCUGCUGCGGUCCCACUUCCUGCCGGUGCUGCUGCUGUACGCGGUGAAGGACGCGGCGGCGUUCUGCCUUCACCGGGUGGUGCAGCGCCUGACCAACCAUGCCGCUGAGGUGCUGCUGGCGGCGCCCACCUCCACCGCCGGCAACCCCUGGUGGCUGUUCCUGGAUGCCGGCUUCAUGCGGGCGCACCCGGGCUAUGAGGUGCUUGUGGGCUUGUUCUUCCUGAUCAGCCUGCCCGCCUCCAUCGCCCUCAACACACUCGCCUUCACCACCGCCACCCUCAUCUGCUGCCCGCCGGAACUGCGGCCGCCCGAGGCGCAGCAGGCUCUGGCGGCGGCGGCGGCGCGGGCGGCGGCGGCAGCAGCGGCGGCUGGCAAUAACAAGGGCGGGCCGGCGGCGGCGGCGGCGGCGGCGGGCAACUCGGGCGCCACGCAGCUGGAAGAGUCGACGGACGCCCUAGCAGACCUGGGCAUUGGCGUGGUGCGGCCCGCUUCGUCUCCCUCCUCGUCGGCCGGUUCGCCUCCCUCCCCCGCGGCCGCUUCGCCUUCCUCGACACCCACCCCAGCCUCCACUCCGGCCUCGAAUGCUGCAAACGGCGCUACAGCCGCCGCCACCUCCUCCGGCGCGGCGGAGGCCAAGGCUGCGGACGGCAGUAGCAGCGCAGCCGCCGGCGACGCCAGCAGUAGCACCAGCAGUAGCGCUAGCGAGGGCGAGGGCGGCGGGCUGGGGGCGGCGUUGGCGGCGGCGGUGCGCGACAUCGGCGCACUGCUGCCGGCGGUGGCGGCCAUGCUGCGGCGGGUGUGGUGGGUGGACGUGAACAUCAACAUGCGGGCGCUGCCGCUGCAGGGGCUGUGCCUGCUGGUGCUGCCGGCCUUCUGGGCGCUGCCGCGGCUGAUGCGCAUACAGGCCUCGCUGCCGGUGGCGGUGCUGGAGGGGCGUGUGGGCACACAGGCGCUGGAGCGCUCGGGUCGGCUAAUGUCUGCCAGUAUUGCUGCGUACGGCUGGCCCUUUGCCGCGCUGCUGGGUGCGGGCCGACUGCUGGAGUACGUGCAGAACGUGGCGCUGGUGCUGGUGCCGCCGCGGUGGUGGCGGGAGGUGGUGGAGGUGCCGCUCGCGUUGGCAGCCUGCUUCCUGCUCCUCAAGGCGGCCGUGCACAGGCUGCAGGACCUGCUCCCCCUGGCCGCCUAUCUGGAGCUGAGCCAGCAGGAGAAGCAGGAGCAGCAGGAGGCAGCGGCGGAGGCGGGUGUGGACAUGGCGGCGGCCACGGCGGCGGCCGGCGCGGCGGCGGUGGCGGCGUCAGAGGCGGAGAAGGCGGCCGCGCCGGCAGCUGGCAAGGCCUCGAAGGCGUGAGGGCCCCUGGCCCUGGGUGCCCGCGACACGACACGGCACGGCGUGGCGUGGCGCGGCGCGGUUUUGAGAAGGCGCGGCACGGCGCUGGUCGGCUGCUUGCGAUUGUGAAGGCGGGGUGAAGGCGGGGUUGCGUGGCAGGUUGCGGCAUGCGGGUUGGCUGGGUCACUGGCGGGGCAACCGGCAUGGUGACGGCGCGGCCGUGGCUUGGCGUCUGUGUGUGCUCUUGCUGGCAUAGAUGAUGGGCUGGCCGUGUGCGCGGUGUUGAUUGCUCGAUGUGUCGUUGGGUCUCUUGCCGGUCGUGUAGGGAUGCAAUCUUGUUGGUGUGCAAUCGCGUAACAAUAGCACGAUGCUCGCAAUACCGGUUGGUAUGUGCAAAGACGUGUAGGUGUCGCGUGCGGCUGUUCAUCAUCGUAUGCCCACUGAUACGGUUUGACUGGUUGUGUAGUAUUGACUCCGGGGAGCCCCAUUGGCUUUCUAGAUCUUGUUACAGCACCCCCUUUCAUGAGAUGAAGACCCUUGCGUACAUGAGCUGCAUGCGACUUUCUCGUUUGAGGUCCCUUGGCAGCACCGCGGCGGCCUUGUAAUCCAUGCUUGAC